AUGACCCACUCAGGAGGGAAACAUGAUAUACAUAGUAAGUGUGGGCAGGACAUCAGUGACAGCUCAGUGUUUUGCAUUUGCCAGAGCAUUCACUCAGGGGAGAAAUGUGGUAGGAAUGAUGAGUGCGACGGGGGCUUCAGUCAGAGCUCAGACCUGCAAAAUCAUCGGGGAGUCAACACAGGAGAAAAGCCCUGCAAACAUCCAGUAUGUGCUAAGAGCUUCAAUCAGAACUCUUGUCUUCCUACCCGUGAGCCCCUCCACCCAGGAGGGGCUCCGUAUAGGUGUGACAUGUGUGGGAAGGGCUCUAGUCAGAGUCUACAUCUCAGCGUUUGCUGUGUAGAUGACACUGGAGAGAAAUCCUCUGACUGUGAGAUAUGUGAUAAAGGCUUCAAUCAGACAUCACAACUUCAGGCCUAUCAGAGAGCCCAGCCUAGAGACAGAACCUACAAAUGGGAGGCAUGUGACAGGCUAGUUAAUCAGAAUCCUGGUCCUCUCCAGAGAGUUCACUUGGGAAAGAAACCAUAUAAAUGUGAGGUAUGGGGGAAGGACUUCAGUAAGGCCUCAAAUCUUCAAGCCCGUCAGAGAAUCCACACCGGAGAGAAGCCAUAUAAAUGUGACGUGUGUGAUAAGAACUUCAGCCAGAAUUCCCACCUUUGGGCCCAUCAGCGAGUCCACACAGGAGAAAAACCAUACAAGUGUGACACAUGUGGUAAGUACUUCACUCAGAUUUCCCAUCUUCAGGUCCAUCAGAGAGUCCACACAGGAGAGAAGCCAUACACAUGUGAGACAUGUGGUAAGGGCUUUUGUCAGAGUUCCCAUCUUCAAGACCAUCAGAGAGUCAACACUGGAGAGAAACCCUACAAAUGUGAUGUGUGUGGGAAGGGUUUCAGUUGGAGCUCCCAUCUUCAAGCCCAUCAGAGAGUCCAUACGGGGGAGAAACACUACAAAUGUGAAGAAUGCGGGAAAGGCUUCAUCUGGAACUCGUAUCUUCACGUUCAUCAGAGGAUCCACACGGGAGAGAAACCCUGUUGCAUGUGUGGGAAGAGCUUCAAUCAGACCUCACAUCUUCAAGCCCAUUGGAGAGUCCAUAUGGGAGAUAAACCCUACAAAUGUUUUGACUGUGAGAAGGGCUUUAGUAAAAGUUUACGUCUUCAGGUUCACCAGAGAGUCCAUAGUGGUGAUAAAUCCAAUACAGGUGAUGAGUGUGAUAAAAAUGUUCUUCAGAAUGGCAAGAUAGUGUGGCUGCACUUGGGAGACUUGGAAAAGAAAAAGAAUGGGGAGGAUUUGAUUCAGAAGCCCAGGAAGAGAGGUGAGAGCGACAAGGGUCUCAGCGUAAUGACCUGGAAAUCCAACCAAAUUGUUGCUUGCAUCAAUAGUUUGUUCGUUGACCUUAAGAAGAAGAGUUAUGUUACCAGCAAAAAUGGGUUUAUUCAGAAGAGCAGAGAAUUGCAGUUUGGGGGCAAGCAGCAGCAGCAGCAGCAGCAGCAGAAACCACAGAACUGGAAGAAAGAAACCAAAAGGAAUUGGUUUAAGUUGGGUUAUUACAGCCACCACCGGAAGCAAAUCUGCUCCUGCACUGACCUUUGGCUGAUUGGGUGA